CACUCAACUCAACCCACUCAACAUCCACACUGUUUCUAUUUCUUCUUUCAGGGACUCCAACUCCAACUAAACGGUGAAAGUCUCUCAGCCUCGCUCUCUGUAGCAUCUCAUCCUCUGUCUCUCACUGUAACAUCUCAGAAACAAUGGCGAACACGAGCUUUCGAAGCUCAAGAACUUCAUUCUCUGAUCGAAACACCGGCUUCGCCGGAGCAGCUGCCCGAACCCCGGCCUGUACCUUGAAGCUCUUCGCCUCCGCUCUCACCAUUGCCGUCUUUCUCUUCGUCACUCUCUCCUUCCUCUUCACUUCCUCAUCCAAUCCGCCCGAUUACAACUUCAAUUUUUCUUACGAUUCGUCUGGAGUUGGAUCGAUUCGGAGGUCGGUACUGGCUCUGAAAUCGGAUCCGUUGAAGCCUAGGCUUGAUCAGAUCAGGAAACAAGCGGACGAUCAUCGAUCUCUCGCUCUCGCUUACGCUUCGUAUGCUCGCAAGCUCAAGCUCGAGAAUUCCAAGCUCGUUAGGGUUUUCGCUGAUCUCUCUCGGAACUACGCAGAUCUGGUAUCCGGACCAUCGUAUCGUGCUCUGUUUGAAUCAGAUGCGGACUCAAUUGAUGAAUCUGUGCUUAGACAGUUGGAAAAGGAGGUUAAAGAACGAAUUAAAGUUACAAGGCAAGUGAUAGCCGAGGCGAAGGAGUCUUUUGAUAACCAAUUGAAGAUUCAGAAGCUGAAAGAUACGAUUUUUGCGGUGAAUGAACAGUUGACAAAGGCGAAGAAGCAAGGUGCGUUUUCAAGCUUGAUUGCUGCGAAGUCAAUUCCCAAGAGCUUGCAUUGCUUGACGAUGAGGUUGAUGGAAGAGCGUAUUGCACAUCCGGAGAAGUAUACGGAUGAAGGAAAGCCUACUCUACCGGAAUUUGAAGAUCCGAAGUUGUAUCACUAUGCUAUUUUCUCUGAUAAUGUGAUUGCGGCAUCGGUUGUGGUGAACUCGGCAGUGAAGAACACGAAAGAACCACGGAAACACGUGUUUCAUGUUGUGACUGAUAAGAUGAAUCUUGGAGCGAUGCAAGUUAUGUUCAAAAUGAGGGAUUAUAAUGGAGCUCACGUCGAAGUAAAGGCCGUGGAGGAUUACAAGUUCUUGAAUUCUUCAUACGUUCCAGUGCUCCGACAGCUUGAGUCUGCGAAUUUACAGAAGUUUUACUUUGAGAAUAAGCUUGAGAAUGCAACGAAGGACACCACAAAUAUGAAAUUCAGGAACCCAAAAUAUUUGUCAAUAUUGAAUCAUCUGAGGUUUUAUUUGCCCGAAAUGUACCCAAAGUUGCAUAGGAUUUUGUUUUUGGAUGAUGACGUCGUUGUUCAGAAGGAUUUGACGGGGCUUUGGGAGAUAGACAUGGAUGGGAAGGUGAAUGGAGCUGUUGAAACAUGUUUUGGAUCUUUCCAUCGGUAUGCACAGUACAUGAAUUUUUCUCACCCUUUGAUCAAAGCCAAAUUUAAUCCCAAGGCAUGCGCGUGGGCUUAUGGGAUGAACUUCUUUGACUUGGAUGCUUGGAGGAGAGAGAAGUGCACUGAAGAAUACCACUACUGGCAGAAUCUGAAUGAAAACCGGACCUUGUGGAAAUUGGGAACAUUGCCCCCAGGCCUGAUUACAUAUUAUUCUACAACCAAGCCAUUGGACAAGUCUUGGCAUGUUUUGGGUCUCGGCUAUAAUCCAAGCAUAAACAUGGAUGAGAUUGGCAAUGCUGCAGUUGUGCACUUCAACGGAAAUAUGAAACCGUGGCUUGAUAUUGCCAUGAACCAGUUUCGGCCACUUUGGACGAAGUAUGUGGACUAUGAGAAUGACUUUGUCCAGGCUUGCAAUUUUGGUCUCUAACUAAAAAGGUAAUAAUUGAAGCCCAUGCUUGAAGGAUUUACCAAGGCUAGUCCUGCUGAAAGCAUCAGUUUAGCGAGUCUCCUUACACGAUAAUACUAGUUCUUAUCUGUUGCAGUAGAAAUUCCUGUUUAUCCUAGUAUAUCAUUCUUCUUGGCUAUAGCAUUUAGAAUUGUGCUAGUGAUUUGUUCAUAUGGCUUUACGGUUAAACUUUCUUGGUUAAAUAUUGUACAACCUAGAACAUUAUUGGAUUUUAAGAACUUUCCUAUUUAUAUGUUCAUAUGGGGG